GGAGUCUGCCCGCCUCGGCUCGCGCGCUGGCCGCCCAGGCCCGGGCGGCGAGCAUGGCGGAGCCCACGGUGUGCUCCUUCCUCACCAAGGUGCUGUGCGCCAACGGCGGCCGCAUGUUCCUCCAGGACCUGCGCGGCAACGUGGAGCUGUCGGAGGCGCGGCUGCGGGCGGUGCUGCGCCAGGCCGGGCCCGAGCGCUUCCUGCUGCAGGAGGUGGAGAUGCGGGAGGGCCUCUGGGACGCCGAGGCCGAGGCGGCGGCGGGCGCGGCGGGCGCGGGCGGCGGCGGGCCCUCGGCCUGGAGGGUGGUGGCCGUGUCCUCCGCGCGCCUCUGCGCCCGCUACCAGCGCGGCGAGUGCAAGGCCUGCGACCAGCUGCACCUCUGCCGCCGGCACAUGCUGGGCAAGUGCCCGAACCGCGACUGCUGGUCUACCUGUACCCUCUCCCAUGAUAUCCACACACCGGUCAACAUCCAAGUCCUGAAAAACCACGGCCUUUUCGGCCUCAAUGAGGCUCAGCUUCGGAUCCUGCUUUUGCAGAACGACCCCUGCCUUUUACCAGAGGUCUGUUUACUCUACAACAAAGGUGAAGCGUUGUAUGGUUACUGCAACCUCAAGGAUAAAUGCAACAAGUUCCACGUGUGCAAGUCCUUCGUCAGGGGGGAGUGCAGACUUCAGAAGUGCACACGGUCCCAUCAGCUCAUUCACGCUGCGGCCCUGAAGCUGCUGCAGGACCAGGGUCUGAAUAUCCCGAGUGUCGUUAACUUUCAGAUAAUCUCCACCUACAGGCACAUGAAGCUGCACAAGAUGCUCGAAAAUAAAGAUAAUUCAGCUGCUUCUGCCGAGCAUUCACAGGGCGUUGAGAAACAAGGAGUACACGUAGCUGGGGCUGCAGGAGCCAGUCCUCCUGUUUCUGUCCCUGCUCAGUCAGCCAAGAAGUCGUGCGCAGGUAAACCUUAAAGGACGGCAGUGAAAUGAGAAGAAGCUUGUCCAGUUGGAAGGUCUGAAAACAAAGCUUCUGUUGAGCUUUAAUUUGUAACCAUUUAUUCAUUUAAUUGUUUAUUAAUAGUGGCCUGGAUAAAACCUACCUCCCAGGUUGUUGUGAGAAUUAAAGAAGAUGGAAAAGGAGAAAAUGUCAGAUUGGGAGGAUAAAAUUGGGAAUGGGAGGUUGGGGAUGAGGUUGGACAUUGUGCAGGCAAAGAGGGGGUAAAACCUGAGUGUGCGUGGGGUCAGCCCAGGGCUGACCCUGGAGACGGCGUCUCUGCCUGCAACCCCCAGAGCUUUCCCCAGGUUGCCUGGCCGGAGCUCUGAAAGGGGUAGGUUUCUGCUGCUUGUGUGACCCAGCCAAGUGUUUUUCCACAUAUACACACAUUUUACCUUCACACACACAUUUAUGCAUUUACACAAAUGUAUUUAUGGAGUGCGUACACUUUAUACUCUUUAUUUUUUUUACUUGUUAUUCCAUAAGUGUCUUUCUACUUUGUUCACAUUGAUCAUGCAUGAUCGUUUUUAUGCACAGAUACACUAAUAUAGCCUAGUUUACUUAACUGUUUCCCUUAUUUGGGGAUAUUUUGAUUCUUUCUAACGAAUUUUGAAUAUAACUCUUUUCUUAAAAUCCACACAAUAUUGAAUUUUUAAAGUUAUUCUUUACUUUUGCUUAGCUUAUAGUUGCUAAAUGAUAGCAUCUUUUGGUUUGCAUUUCUUUACAUAUAUGUGCAAGUAAAUAUUUUUCCGUGUGUCUGCCUUCUGUAUGUAUUUCGUGCAUUUUGUCCAUGCCCUUUAAUUACUGGAGCCCUCCCCUGCAGAUGUGGGAUGACUUUUAAUUAGGCUCUUUGAUUUUCAUGAAAGGAUGUCAUCUGUGCUGUGCUCAUGUGAUAGCUAACUCUUGUGGAUGUGGAUCCAUCCUCACCCAUCACCACAGAGUAUAUAACUUCCGGGUGCUCACCAGAGAUUUCUACCUCAUUCUGUCGACACUCUUAUCUCUUAUUAAGCUUUUACCGAAGCCCAAAUUGCUAUAGUUUGAAGGAUGUGUAGUUUGUCCAUUCCUCUGCCUUGUAUCUGUUUUCUGUGGAUCAGGAUGGACCAUCAGAAAUCUAUAUACCUCACCCAUUUCGUGUUGACUCUCUCCUUCCUCCCUUCUCUCUGCCCCGACCCACCCAGCUGUCUUCAUCAGAUUGUACUGAGAUGUUUGGUUCUUUGUUUUUGUCAAGGGGUACCACAGAGAAGCAACUUUAUGAAAUCCUUUCCUGUGUUUGCUGUAGCAGUAUUCCCCAGUGUCAUUGUGUAGUGUUUUUAAAAAGAUUUUACCUGUCCUGCAGGAACAUAACAUUUGAGAAAUAGGGACAAGGUAGCGAGUUUUUCGUAAAGCUAAAUUUAUUUAACUUAGAAAUUUUUUUUAUCAAAAAUACUGUCUUGUCUAUUGUGCAGAAAUGUCCUUUUUAAAGUGAGAAAUUGCUAUGCUUUCUCCUAAUGGACGAUAAUGGAUUCACGCAACUUAUGUUAAUCUUUUCACUUUGAUUGUCAACAACACUUUCUGAAAGCCCUUGUGUUCUGCACAUCUGGUUUCUUUUUUCUUAGUUCUGAUUUCUCCUGGUGCUAAGUUUUUUAAGAAUUGUUUUUACAUUUUAUUAUUAUUUGCAUUAUAUCCUUUUAUGAUGUAUAUUUUUGUUGUAAGCCACCUGAAGUCCUUAAUGGCAAUAGUGUCAUGUGUAAAUGCAUACCUCUCCCAUUAAGAGACUUGGUAGAAUUUUACCUUAUUGUGUACUUUUUAUAUAUUUUAUAAUUAUGAUUUUAUAUAUGAAGUUAUUGACCCUCUCUAAUCUUUGUUGCAACAUUUUAUUCAGUUCUAUAAUAUUCCAUUUUGAUCUUAGUUCUGUUGGUAUUCAUUCUAUAAAGGUCUUUUAUAUAACCAUCCCUGUCUCUCGUCUUUUUCCCUGAUGAUUCAGCUGUUAGAGAGUCGUCCCAUUAGAGCUGGAGAGAGGUUUUCUUUGGCAGUUUAUUGGGGCUUGUGAGAUGAAGCUGCACAUCCGUAGGGUCCACAAAUCCAACAUACCCUCAACUCAGAGAUUAACUUUCCUCCAGAUUUGUUCCUCCUUUGGUUUCUUUCUUUUGGCAUGUCACCACCUAUGGCUUAAGCCAAAAACCUACAAACUGUCCUAUACUCUUCUUUCUCCUUCUUCCCUGUGUCAAACUGGUUACCCAGUGUUGGAGAUUUUUUUCCCCCUCAAAAAUCUCUCGAAUUUGUAUGCUUUUCUGCCCCUUUCUUUCCAUCUGAUAGACACAGCCUUGUUUCACACCUUCGCCACCUCUUGCAUUUAUUUCACAGAUGCGUAACUCGGUGAUUUUCAAGUCAUCUUGCAAGGGUUUUUUGUAGAAGCUGCUAGGGGGCCCCCUGCUCCACUUCAGUGCUGGUAGCCCCCUUUUAAUUUGUAACAUAGUAGGUAGGCUUUUGUGCAUUUCAUUGAUCUCCUAACCCCGGUGCUCUCCCUCUGCCUUCCGACCUGCUGCCUGGUUGAUCUUUUGAAAUGCAUACCUAAUCAUACUGCUUUUUCUACCAUAACCUUCAUUGGUCCCCGUCACGUGGAGUAGGAGUCAUAAACUCAGAUGCCUCCAGCCACCAGAAAGGUGAGUUAAAUGGAUGAAGUGAGCUGACUGUAAGAGGAAUGGGGGAAGAGAGCAAGUGCUUUGGCAAACUGUCCUGUCUAAAAGAGGCAACUACCUCUUGUUUCCAUGUGGGAAUGUGGGCCCAUAUUGUCCAUAUCAUCCCAUUUGUCAAAAGGAGCCAGAAAUCCAGAUUUUUAUGAGAAAUUUUCUGACUUUUAAAUAUUGACUCUUGUUUUUAAAAGAUUUUAUUUUUCCUUCUUCUCCCCAAAGUCCCCCAGUAUAUAGUUAUAUAUUUUUAGUUG